AUGCAGCCUACGGUGUCCGUGUGCCAGGACAAGUCGUGCGGUCGCAAGGGCUCUGCCGCGCUGCUGGCUGCGUUUGAGGAGGCAGCCCAGGGCGCCUGCGUCCAGGCGUCCAAAUGCCAGGGCUACUGCAAGGUCGGCCCGUCUGUCCGGCUCCACAACCGACAAGGCGGAUACGUGCAGUACGCCGCUGUGAAUACAGAGGAUGUGGAGGAGCUGCUGGACGAACUCAAGCAAUGA